CCUUUAAAGUGCGAGAGCAAUGUGGGCACUGCAAGGCUGUUUAAAAGCUAAUGGAGUUUCCUGAAGGGACCAGCUCGAAGUUAGCGAACACAGGCUUAAGAUUUUCUUACUCAUACUCCACUGUGGCACACAGGCAGCGCUAACUAUCAAGGGAUUUGAUUUUCGGUUUGAAGAGCAAGAUGAAGUUUUUUCUUCUGAUGAUUUUCUACUUGAUCAGUUCCCCUGUAGCUAAAUGCCAUCAUGAUCGUAGCAGUGAUUCAGACAGUGAUGAGGUAAGACUGAAUUCUCAUCACUAUAGCAGUGAGUCUGACAGUGAUGAGAGAGGCAAUUGGUACCCGGGCUUUCGGCCCAAGCCUAUUCCUCCCUGGCCUUCCUUCCCUUUCUGGCCUCUGUUUCCUGGUCUGUGGCCGAAGCCACCACCCGUUCCUGCCCCUCCUCCACCGCCACCUCCACCUCCACCUCCACCUCCAGCACCAAAACCAAACCCAACCCCAACCCCAACCCCAACCCCAAAACCAACCCCAACCCAGACCACAGCUGUUCGAACCCCGCGAGGAGACAACAGAUGAACUGUGCUGAUCUGAGAGCAGGAAUGGCAGAUUGAAUUACUUUACUUUCAUUCUCCAACAACUGCUCAGUGAUAAGGAAAUGUAUGCAGUGUGGGUUUUUUGCACUUAUAUAUGUUGGUAGUAUUUUAUCAUGUUGAAGUCAUGUUUGAACCAGAUUGACUUUUACAACUUGACUAUAGCUAACAUAACACAUUGAAUUUCAGUGAUAAAUAACACUAGUAGCAGUAAAAACACUAACCUGCUGGAAUACAAUAAUAACUCCUUACAAGUGGUGAGAAAUUACCUGAUCUCUACAGCAUCCCUGACCACAAAUAGGAAUAAAGCACAAAUAUAACACAAAGUACAGCAGACCUAAUUCUCUUUAGAUGUCAGGAGAGUCUGCAAGAGCUCCAGACUGGGCCCAGACCCUUGUGGGGCCCUAAUCAGGACCUGGUACACUUAACCUGGUAAAACAAUACUUGUUUGGUACAGUAUGAUUCAUAAUAACUGAAAUAUAAAAAGAAACAGAAAUGGCAAUAGCAAUGAAAAUAAAAGCCAUAGGAAAUGAGACCUUAAAGCCCCUAAACCCAAAAUGUGCAACAGUGAGCUGGCAGAAAUACAACACCUCCCUCUGACUUCAGAGCUGAUUGCCACAGAGAUGACUCACACAUCAGCUGUGAGAGAACAUGUGAGUUGAUCAUCCAUAGUGUGUCCCUGUCAGACGAGGCCAGAUGCUGGUGCAGACACCCUGACCUUGGAAACUCAUCAAAGAUUUGUUAACCUUUGGGUGUGGAUGAAGUCUUCCAAACACAUUAUCAUCCUGAUCACAUUCCUCCAGGUCAACCCACAUUCCUACAACCAAACAGCCAAUUAAAGAGAUCAUCAGUUUGUUCCCUGGCAUUGAAUUACUCACAAAUGAUUUCUACACUGUUUUUCCACUUUGAUCUUUGGUUACUUUGGAGCAGCACAACAAGCUGUAUGUUUACAGUCAAUCUAUAAUUUUGUAAAGAGAACAAAAACAGAGCUAAAAGAGAGUGAAUAUUGGACUUACAUUCAUCAGGUGGCCAGAAACGUGA